UCUAUUUCAGCUCCCCCAGCCUGCAGCCCUAUCAGCAGUGCCCAUACUUAGGGUUGUGGGUGGGCAUGUGUGUGUGUCAUUGAAGAGUGUGUUAUGUGUGCGUGGCCAGGGUGCCAAGGAGUAGUGGGCUGAGAGAAGUCAGCCCAUGACAUUAUAGCUGAAGGAGAGGGGACAGAGAUCUUGAGGGGGCCUGAUGAAUAUGGAGUAAAUUGCACUGAGGGCCCCCCAGAAAGACAAAAAGAGAGACAAACGGACAGAAACACAAAAAGGAGGACAUUUACACAAUAAGGUGGCCAGAAGAAGGUAUCAUCAACCUUGUCCGGGGGAGCACCAUGGAGGCCUCGUCUCCAGGGGGGCGCGGAGCAACAGGAAACCACUAAGGUGGCCAAGGUAUGGCUUCAGUGAAAGUGAAAGGUAGGAUGUAAAACUGUUUUCAGGGACAGGGGAUAGGUAGAGGGACAUUCUGGACCGAUAACAGUGCUUGUCUAUGAAAGUGCAUUCUAAAAAUAUGGGUCUGGAAUUAGUGGGUUAUAAAGGGUUUGUGAAUGUGGUUCAGAUGGAAUAUUGGCUUGCAAUAAUGGGCCAGGGGGCUGAGAGGCCUGAGCAGAGGCUUGUGUCUGUUCUAGAAGGGGUUCAUGUGGAACAUUGAGUGAUUGAUAGAGCUGUGAACAUUAAAACUUCUCUGUAGGAGUGUAUGUAGCAAAGGCAGAUAUAUUUCAGCUUGUGGAAAUGACAUCAGAAAAAACAUAUAGUUACAAAAUACACAUCAACUACGUUUUCCAUAAAGCAAUUGGUGCAUGAUUUACAGAGGUGGAAAGAUUAGAUCAUUCAAUUGCCGAGCGUCAUCAUUGGAUCUCUCUAGUUUCUGAAAUGUUGUUCUCAGUCAGGGUUCUCAGUCAGUCACUACACAAUUCAUAAGAAGAGGAUAUCCAGUAAUAGAUACAACAGCAUAUCAGUCACAGCAUAUCAAGUUUCACACCUAGAAAUCCAACUGCUUAUCACUUCUCUGCAUAUGCAUUACCCAUUGCAUUUCCACAUUACCAAGUAUUUCUGUGGAUCUGAGUCUUUACCCAUCUGAAUAUAAAGUCAUUUUUCUGUAAUAGGGGAUUUUUAGUACUAUAGUAUGAACCACAACACAACACACACACACCACAACACACCACACACACACACACACAACACACACCACACACACACACACACACACACACACACCACACACAACACCCACCACACAACACACACAAUGAAACCACAUUACUGAGUGUUGACUGAGAAAAAACGCUGUUCAAACAGGCUAUCGGGGUAUAAGGGUGGCUCACCAAGGAGCUGUGGUUUCAGCCUAGUGAGAAAGAACUUGUCUGAGGUUAUAUUCUUGCCAGUGCUAGUGAGAUCAAAAGGUUAAAGAAACCCCUUCAAAACAAAUAUAAAUUCCUCUAUCAUCACACAAGUAUCACGUAUCUCCAGAGUACGAGGUCCUUACAGACAUGUAGCUUCAAAAGUCUACUCUCUUAAAAUUCUCAUAGGUUGCAUCAGCACAACCGCCAUACCCACUUCCUGAAUUGCGUAUAAUCGAGAACAAAUUAUUAUUCGAGCCCUAAGAAUAGUGAUCCUCAAAAUAGUUGAUCAUUAUCAAAACAUGAGGUGACUUGCACAGAGUGGACAGGGAGUGUGUAGACGUCAGCUCACCUAAUCUGAACAGAAAACUGGUCUGUGGUUGGCCCAUCCAAAACCAUAUGGCCCCUGACCCCAAAGGCGUGGCAUAAUAAUGUUUAGGCAUCUUGCUGCAUGCAAUGACACACACAGGUUGGGGGUUAUGGGGGACGAUGUGGCGUUAUUGAAAGAGCCGUGGCAAUGUGACAAAUGUGUGGGAUUGGGUAUUGCCCCAAUUUGAUGAUGUGUGUGUGUGUUGGUUUAUGUGUGCGUGUGCUGUGCGAUGAGUGUGUUUGAUACAAGGGGCAGCAGCCAGGAGCUAAGACCACAAGGGACUGAUUGAACUAUUAAUGUCCCCUUCAAGUAGCAACACAAAGUUAGGGCCAACUUUGACGGGUUAGCUAACGGGACCUGUAAUUAAUUGCGGGCCAACAAUGUCAGCUUGAAAUUUUUAUAGAGAUUAAUUGGGUUGAACCUGUAGACACUUCCGCGGGUCCAAACAAUGAACACAUUACACACUCUUGUAGGUCAUUAUCAUAGUCCAUAUGCCGAUUGUAUUCAGUAUCAUAUAUUAGAAUAACCUCUAGGGGAUUCUAGGAUACAGAAGAAAUGCAUCUGAAAUAGCUAUACUACAUAAACUUACAAUGUACACAGUAUAACAGAUAGGCCGGGCAGGGUGUCAUUCCCCUGUGCAUAUCCUAUGGAUUGACCCGGGGCACAGAUAGUGGAGACUGGCAUGGGGGAGGAGAGGUGCUGGCUGGCAUUUCUGCUGAAGGGGUAAGAGGGCUUUUCACUUCAGCCACAGCUUGUGGGGGGAAAUGUCUGCAGCACGUCCAAGCAUGUCAGGGCAAAGUCAUCAGGCAAGACAUCAAGAGCUGCUUGCCUGUUCUCCAUCCAAUAUCACUUUUUCAGAAUGGAAGGAGAGAAAGGACAGAGAGAUAAAUAGUUAGAGAGAGAUUGUCGAGGAGAAGAGACGAGAGAGAGGAUAUGAGAGUGGAGAGAUGAGAGAGAGAGAGGAGACGGAGAGAGAUUGAGGGAGAGAUUGAAGAGAGAGAGAGACGAGAGAGAGAAUGAGGAGAGAGAGAGAGAGUAUGGAAUCGGGAACUGUUUGCAAACCUAUCUUACAUGGAUAUGUGGGUGUGAUAUUUUCUCUCCUGCUGUGGUUGUAGGUGCGUAAGCGCAGUAAGGCGGGCAGACAGCGACUGCGGGGGUGCGAUGAGCUGGUUGUACUCAACGAGCAGCUAUGUGGAGGUCUGUCCCAUUCCCAGGCCAUGACCAAAUCGACAGCUCCCCAGAUAUUACACAUCGGGUAAGAGGUCAGAGGAGCAAUUAACAAUCGCCAUUGAUGUGUAAACCUUUAUGCAUAAAAUCCUGAGGGUUAACAUUAUUGUUCACUGUUAUAUUAGCAAACCAAUUUUUUCCGGGGGGCCCCCCCCCCCAAACCCCCCCAAACCCCCCCCCCUUUACUUCCUUCUCUCUCUAUUAUUCUAUUUCAGCCCAUACCCCCAGCUGCAGCCCUAUCAGCAGUGCCCAUACUUAGGGUGUGGGUGGGCAUGUGUGUGUGUCAUUGAAAGAGUGUGUGUAUGUGUGCGUGCCCAGGUGCCAGAGUAGUGGGCUGAGAGAAGUCAGCUCCAUGACAUUAUAGCUGAAGGAGAGUGGACAGAGCUCUCUGAGGGGGCCCUGAUGACUAUGGAGUAAAUGCACUGAGGGCCCCCCAGAAAGACAAAAAGAGAGACAAACGGACAGAAACACAAAAAAGGAGGACAUUUCACACAAUAAUGGUGGCAGAAGAGGUUAUAAUCACCUUGUCCGGUGGAGCACCAUGGGGCUUUCGUCUCCAGGGGGGCGCGGAGCACCAGAAACCACUUCAGGUGGCCAAGGUAUGGCUUCAGUGAAAGGUAGGAUGGUAAAACUGUUUCAAGGGACAGGGGAUAUGGUAAGAGGGACAUUCUGGACGAUAACAGUGUCUAUGUCUAUGAAAGUGCAUUCUAAAAUAUAUUGGGUCUGGAAUUAGUGGGUUAUAAAGGGUUGUGAAUGUGGUUCAGAUGGAAUAUUGGCUGCAAUCAUGGGCAGGGGCUGAGAGGCCUGAGCAUGAGUCAUGUGUCUGUUCUAGAAUGGGUCUCAUGUGGAGACAUUGGAGUGAUUGAUAGAGCUGUUGAACUUAAAACUUCUCCUGCUUGGAGUGUAUGUAGCAAGGCAGAUAUAAUUUCAUGCUUUGUGAAAUGACAUCAGAAAAAACAUAUAGUUACAAAAUACACAUGAACUACUGUUUUCCAUAAAGCAUUUGGUGCAUGAUUGUACAGAUGUUGGACAGAUUAGAUCAUCAAUUGCAGAAGGUCAUCAUUGGAUCUCUCUCGUUUCUGAAUGGUUGGUUCUCAGUCAGGGUUCUCAGUCAGUCACUACACAUAUUCAUAAGAGGAUAUCCAGUUCAUAGAUACAUACAGCAUAUCAGUUCACAGCAUAUCAGUUUCACACCUUAGAAAUCCAACUGCCUUAUCACUUCUCUGCCUAUGCAUUACCCCAUUGCAUUUCCACAUUACCAAAGUAUUUCUCUUGGAUCUAUUCUUUACCCAUCUGAAUAUAAGUCAUUUUUCUGUAUAGGGGAUUUUAGUACAUAUAGUAUGAACACACACACACACACACACACACACACACACACACACACACACACACACACACACACACACACACACACACACACACACACACACACACACACACACACACACACACACACACACACACUGAAACCACAUUUACUGAGUGUUGACUGAGAAAAAACGCUUUUCAAACAGGCUAUUCUGGGUUAAGGGGUGGCUCACCAAGGUGUGUGUUUCAGCCUAGUGAAGAAAUUGUCUGGGUUAUAUUCUUUGCCAGUGCUAGUUGAGAUCCAAAAGGUUAAAGAACCCCUUCAAAACAAAUAUAAAUUCCUCUAUCCUCACACAAGUAUCAAGUAUCUACCAGAGUAAGAGGUCCUUACAGAUCAUGUAGCUUCAACAUGUAUACUCUCUUAAAAUCUCAUAGGUUGCAUCAGCACAACCGCCAUACCCUACUUCCUGAAUUGCGUAAUAGAGAACAACAUUAUUAUUAGAGCCCUAAGAAUAGUGAUCCCUCAAAAAUAGUUGAUCAUUAUCCAACAUGGAGGUGACUUGCACAGAGUUGGACAGGAGUGUAGACGUCAGCUCACCUAAUCUGAACAGACAACUGUGUCUGUGGUGGCCCAUCUAAAACCAUAUGGCCCCUGACCCCAGAAAGGAGGUGGCAUAAUCAUGUUAGGCCUCUUGCUGCAUGCCAUGACACACACAGGUGGGGGUUAUGGGGGACGAUGUGGCUUUAUUGAAAGAGCCGUGGCAAUGUGACAAAUGUGUGGGACUUGUGAUAUUGUCCCCCAUUUGAUGUGUGUGUGUGUGUUGGUUUAUGUGUGCGUGUGCGUGUGCAUGUGUGUGUUUGAUACAGGGGCAGCAGCCAGGAGCUAAGACCACAAGGUGACUGAUUGACUUAUUAAUGUCCCCUUCCACAAGUAGCAACACAAAGUUAGGGCCACUUUGACAGGGUUAGCUAACUGGGACCUGUAAUUUAAUUGCGGGCCAACAAUGUCAGCUCUGAAUAUUUUUAUAGAGAUUAAUUGGGUUGAACACUGUAUACCCUUCCUCGGGUCCAAACAAUGAACACAUACACACUCUUUGUAGUCAUAUCAUAUUCAAUAUGCAGAUGUAUUCAGUAUCAUAUCUUAGAAUAACCUCUAGGGAUCUAGGAUAAAGAAAUGCAUCUGAAAUAUGCUAUACUACAUAACUUACAUGUACACAGUAUAACAGAUAGGACUGGCAGGGUGUCAUUCCCCUGUGCUAUCCUAUGGAUUGACCCUGGGCACAGAUAGUGGGAGACUGCAUGGGGGAGGAGAGGUGCUGGCUGGCAUUUUCCUGCUGAAGUGGGUAAGAGGGCUUCACUUCAGCCACAGCUUGUGGGAAAUGUCUGCAGCACGUCCAAGCUGUCAGGGCAAGUCAUCAAGACAAGACAUCAAGAGCUGCUUUGCCAUGUUCUCCAUCCAAUAUCACUUUUCAGAAUGAAGGAGAGAUGACAGAGAGAUAAAUAGUUAGAGAGAGAUUGUUAGAGAGAAGAGGAGAGGAGACCGGAGAAGCGGAGCGGGAGGAGGAGAAGGAGGAGAGGAGAGAGAGAGCAGAGAGAGAGAGAGAGAGACGGAGAGGAGAGAGAGGAGACGGAGGAGAGGAGAGAGAAGAGAGAGAAUGAGAGGAGAGAGAGAGAGUAUGGAAUUGGGAACUGUUUGCAAACCUAUCUUACAUGGAUUACUGUGGGUGAUAUUUUGUCUCUCCCUGCUGGUGUAGGUGCGUAAGCGCAGUAAGGCGUGCAGAGCAGGACUGCGGGAGGGCGAUGAGCUGGUGUCCAUCAACGAGCAGCUAUGUGGAGGUCUGUCCCAUUCCCAGGCCAUGACCAUAAUCGACAGCUCCCCAGGAAUAUUACACAUCCGGGUCAAGAGGUCAGAGAGCAAUUACAAUCGCCAUUGAUGUGUACACCUUUAUGCAUAAAAAUCCUGAGGUUAACAUAUUGUUUCACCUGUUAUAUUAGCAUUAAGUGCUACUCCAUCAUUAAGUCUUAUGCAAAUAGCAUAAGCCGGAACAGUAUGCCCAACAAUAGUAAAGUAACCGUAUUGUGAAUUUGCUCCCACAGGGCACCAGCAGGCUUCCAGUCUGUGGUGCUGUUGACCCGCGCCCCAUCCCCCCGCAUUGACAAAGAGUACCGAGCCGCCCUGCGCGCCAUGUCCCCCUCCUCCAGACCCCACCACACAGCAUCUGUCAGGGAGGUCCCCCAUGGCAGGUCCUCCGUCCUGUCCCCCAUGGGGCGCAGCGGCCUCACCUCGCCCCCAGGCAGUGAGGCCUACUACGGGGAGACAGACAGCGACGCAGAUGUGGCGGCCCACGAGAGGCAGAGGAGGCAGAAGCGUAGAAGUCCCAGCAACUUACCCGGUAAAUCCUCUGGCAGAGCCUCCCAGGAGGGAGGGGAGACCUCAGAGUUUAGCGGCUAUGACAGCGCCCCAGAUGGCCGGUUCUACCCAGGACUCCAGGGCCACGGGCUAAUGGAUGGCCGAGGAGGUGGAGAAGGCCUGCCGGGGGUGGCCCGCAAGGAGGUGAUUUACCAGCCCCCUCCAGAGAUGUGGUCCUCCCAGACCUCCACAGAGACCUCCUCCAUCAUCUCCUCGGUUGAGGACCAGGGCCCAGGACGGGACGGAGUGGCGGAGGAGGACAGUGGCUUCCAGGAACCCUCCAACGUGGUCCCACUGGUUUCCCCCGAGAGGGCCAAAGGGGCCAUGCAGCUGAGCUCCCGCAGGCAGCUGGUGCCCAUGGUGGGGCCCAUAGACACCCCUCUGGACGAGGAGCUCAGUGUCACCUACAUGGACAAGGCCAAGCAAGCCAGUGAGUAUCCUAAUCAUGCCCCAUAGGGUGAUGUGGGAUGUGUUACUGUACAAAUAAUUAGUAAUGUAAUGGCUAGUUGAGGCUGGCACUGCAUAUUGUGAGUUAUCUAUACUGAACAAAAAUAUAAACACAACAUGUAAAGUGCUGGUCCCAUGUUUCAUUAGCUGAAAUAAAAGAUCCCAGAAAUGUUCAAUACACACAAAAAGCUUAUUUCUCUCCAAUGUUGUGCACAAAUAUAUUUACAUCCCUGUUAGUGAGCAAUUCUUCUUUGCAAAGAUAAUCCAUCCACCUGACAGGUGUGGCAUAUCAAGAAGCUCAUUAAACAGCAUGAUCAUCACACAGGUGCACCUUGUGCUGGGGACAAUAAAAGGCCACUCUAAAAUGUACAGUUUUGUCACAAAACACAAUUCCACAGAUGUCUCAAGUUUUGAGGGAGCGUGAAAUUGGCAUGCUGACUGCAGGAAUGUCCACCAGAGCUGUUGCCAGAGAAUUUAAUGUUAAUUUCUCUACCAUAAGCUGCCUCCAACGUCGCUUUAGAGAAUUUGACAGUACAUCCAACCGGCCUCACAACCGCAGAUUUUGUGUAACCAUGCCAGCCCAGGACCUCCACAUCCAGCUUCUUCCCCUUUGGGAUCAUCUGAGACCAGCCACCCGGAGAGCUGAUGAAACUGUGGGUUUGCACAGCUGAAGAAUGUCUGCAUAAACUGUCAGAAACUGUUUCAAGGAAGCUCAUCUGCAUGCUCUUGGUCCUCACCAGGGUCUUGAACUGACUGCAGUUCGGCGUCGUAACCGACUUCAGUGGGCAAAUGCUCACCUUCGCUGGCCACUGGCACACUGGAGAAGUGUGCUUUUCACGGAUUAAUCCCGGUUUCAACUGUACCGGGCAGAUGCCAGACAGCGUGCAUGGUGUUGUGUGGGCGAGCGGUUUGCUGAUGUCAGCGUUGUGAAUAGAGUGCCCCAUGGUGGUGGUGGGGUUAUAGUAUGGGCAGGCAUAAGCUACGGACAAGAACACAAUUGCAUUUUAUCGAUGGCAAUUUGAAAGCACAGAGAUACUAUGACGAGAUCCUGAGGCCCAUUGUCGUGCCAUUCAUCCACCGCCAUCACCUCAUGUUUCAGCAUGAUAAUGCACGGCCCCAUGUUGCAAGGAUCUGUACACAAUUCCUGGAAGCUGAAAAUGUCCCUGUUCUUCCAUGGCCUGCAUACUCACCAGACAUGUCACCCAUUGAGCAUGUCUGGGAUGCUCUGGAUCGACGUGUACGACAGCGUGUUCCAGUUCCUGCCAAUAUCCAGCAACUUUGCACAGCCAUUGAAUAGGAGCGGGACAACAUUCCACAGGCCACAAUCAACAGCCUGAUCAACUCUAUGCGAAGGAGAUGUGUCACGCUGUAUGAGGCAAACGUUGGUCACAGCAGAUACUGACUGGUUUUCUGAUCCACGCCCCUACCUUUUUUUUAAAGGUAUCUGUGACCAACAGAUGCAUAUCUGUAUUCCCAGUCAUCAUUUCCUUAUAUGAAGUAAAAUCUUUGAAAUUGUUGCAUGUUGCGUUUACAUUUUUGUUCAGUGUAAAUCAUAUAAAAAAAAUUUAAUUAAGAUAAUGAGAUGGUGUUGGUGGCUUCUCAAAUCAAAUCAAAUGUUAUUUUCAUAGGUGUCCUCUCAGGUAAAGGCAGAGCAUUCCUCAUGAGACAGCAUCAGUCUGCAUGGGGCCCCUUUUAGAGGACAGAGGCGGUCCAUUCUACGUAGAACAGAGACUAUAUUUGUCCCCUAGUUCAGUGAUCCGCUAACCCGAGCACUGCAUAUAUGAACUGGGAAAGGCAUCUCCAUGCAGCUGCUAUCUGGUAUCAAGUAGCAGACUCUUUCUCCCCCCUCUCACUUUCCCUCUUUGACCACCUUUAUAGAUCACUCUGUCCUUCUCUUCCACUAUAUUCCCCUCUCAUGUUCAUGUCUUGCUACAUCUCGCUAAGACUGCAACAAAAAACACAUUUAACAAAAACGUACAUUAACUAUUUACAGGUAUAAAUGAGACACAUUUAAAAUGUAUCUAGAGUAAACAAAAUAUGAUACCAUUCCAUUCAUACACAUAUCAAUAGACACACGUGCUGUCUUUGGUCAGAUGGUUUAGACACCAAUACACCAAUAGUUAAUAAUAGUGAGGCGGAGUGCCCUCUGCUGUGAUCAGUCUGUCAGAGCUAACUGGCAGCUGAUGUAUGGACCAGUGACCUGGGCUAACAGCCAAAAUAUAUAUAUAUAUAUAUAUAUAUAUAUAUAUAGAUAUAUAUAUAUAUAUAUAUAUAUAUAUAUAUAUAUAUAUAUAUAUAUAUAUAUACUGUAUAUAUACAAUGCCUUCGGAAAGUAUUCAGACCCCUUGACUUCUUCCACAUUUUGUUACGUUACAGUCUUAUUCUAAAACUGAUUAAAUAAAUAAAAAUCCUCAUCAAUCUACUCACAAUACUACAAAAUGACAAAGCAAAAACAGGUUUUUGGAAAUCUUUGCAAAUGUAUUAAAAAUAAAAAACAGAAAUACCUUAUUUACAAAUACCUUAUUUACGUAAGUAUUCAGACCUCCUGUUUCCAUUGAUCAUCCUUGAGAUGUUGCUACAACUUGAUUGGAGUCCACCUGUGGUAAAUUCAAUUGAUUGGACAUGAUUUGGAAAAGCACACACCUGUCUACAUAAGGUCUCACAGUUGACAGUGCAUGUCAGAACAAAAACCAACCCAAGAGGUCGAAGGAAUUGUCCGUAGAGCUCAGAGACAGGAUUGUGUCGAGGCACAGAUCUGGGGAAGGGUACCAAAGCAUUUAAAAUCCCCAAGAACACAGUGACUUUCAUCAUUCUUAAAUGGAAGAAGUUUGGAACCACCAAGACACUUCUUAGAGCUGGCCACCCGGCCAAACUGGGCAAUCGGGGGAGAAGGGCCUUGGUCAGGGAGGUGACCAAGAACCCGAUGGUCACUCUGACAGAGCUCCAGAUGUCUUCUGUGGAGAUGGGAGAACUUUCUAGAAGGACAACCAUCUCUGCAGCACUCCACCAAUCAGGCCUUCAUGGUAGAGUGGCCAGACGGAAGCCACUCCUCAGUAAAAGGCAUAUGACAGCCCGCUUGGAGUUUGCCAAAAGGCACCUAAAGACUCUCAGACCAUGAGAAACAAGAUUCUCUGGUCUGAUGAAACCAAGAUGGAACUCUUUGGCCUGAAUGCCAAGCGUCACGUCUGAAGGAAACCUGGCACCAUCCCUACGGUGAAGCAUGGUGGUGGCAGCAUCAUGUUGUAGGGAUGUUUUUCAGCGGCAGGGGCUGGGAGACUAGUCAGGAUCGAGGGAAAGAUGAACGGAAAGUACAGAGAGAUCCUUGAUGAAAACCUGCUCCAGAGUGCUCAGGACCUCAGACUGGGGCGAAGGUUCACCUUCCAACAGGACAACGACCCUAAGCACACAGCCAAGACUACGCGAGAAUGGCUUCGGGACAAGUCUCUGAAUGUCCUUGAGUGGCCCAGCCAGAGCCCGGACUUGAACCCAAUCGAACAUCUCUGGAGAGACCUGAAAAUAGCUGUGCAGCAACGCUACCCAUCCAGCCUGACAGAGCUUGAGAGGAUCUGCAGAGAAGAAUGGUAGAAACUUCCCAAAUACAGUUGUGCCAUGCUUGUAGCGUCAUACCCAAGAAGACUCAAGGCUGUAAUCGCUGCCAAACAAAGUUGUUUUUGCUUUGUGAUUAUGGGGUAAUGUGUGUAGAUUGAUGAGGGGGAAAAGUAUUUAAUCAAUUUUAGAAUAAGGCUGUAACGUAACAAAAUGUGGAAAAAGUAAAGGGGUCUGAAUACUUUCCGGAUGCGCUGUAUAUAUAUAUAUAUAUAUAUAUAUAUAUAUAAUAUAUAUAUAUAUAUAUAUAUAUAUAUAUAUAUAUAUAUAUAUAUAUAUAUAUUUUAAGGAACUCAGUCCGGCUUUAAACUUAUUCUUGAAAGUUGUAAUAGUAGAAUGCACAAGGUGCAAUUUCCAAAUUGGGUAGUGCAUCAUCAGUUCCUUUUGUCAUGUUAGUCAUUGCAUACCUUAGAGAGCUAUUUAUAACUUGUCAGAAAUGUCCAGCUCAAUUAGCCCAUGUCAGCUAAUGUUUUUAAAUUUACAGUUGAAGUCGGAAGUUUACAUACACCUUAGCCAAAUACAUUUAAACUCAGUUUUUCACAAUUCCUGACAUUAAUCCUAAUAAAUAUUCCCUGUCUUAGGUCAUUUAGGAUAACCACUUUAUUUUAAGAAUGUGAAAUGUCAGAAUAAUAGUAGAGAGAAUGAUUUAUUUCAGCUUUUAUUUCUUUCAUCACAUUCCCAGUGGGUCAGAAGUUUACAUACACUCAAUUAGUAUUUGGUAGCAUUGCCUUUAAAUUGUUUAACUUGGGUCAACAUUUUCGGGUAGCCUUCCACAAGCUUCCCACAAUAAGUUGGGUGAAUUUUGGCCCAUUCCUCCUGACGGAGCUGGUGUAACUGAGUCAGGUUUGUAGGCCUCCUUGCUCACACAUGCUUUUUCAGUUCUGCCCACAGAUUUUCUAUAGGAUUGAGGUCAGGGCUUUCCAAUACCUUGACUUUGUGGUCCUUACGCCAUUUUGCCACAACUUUGGAAGUAUGCUUGGGGUCAUUGUCCAUUUGGAAGACCCAUUUGCGACCAAGCUUUAACUUCCUGACUGAUGUCUUGAGAUGUUGCUUCAAUAUUUCCACAUAAUUUUCCUUCCUCAUGAUGCCAUCUAUUUUGUGAAGUGGACCAGUCCCUCCUGCAGCAAAGCACCCCCACAGCAUUAUGCUGCCACCCCCGUGCUUCACGAUUGGGAUGGUGUUCUUCGGCUUGCAAGCAACCCCCUUUUUCCUCCAAACAUAACGAUGGUCAUUAUGACCAAACAGUUCUAUGUUUGUUUCAUCAGACCAGUGGACAUUUCUCCAAAAGGUAUGAUCUUUGUCCCCAUGUGCACUUGCAAACCGUAGUCUGGCUUUUUUGGAGCAGUGGCUUCUUCCUUGCUGAGCGGCCUUUCAGGUUAUGUCGAUGUGGGACUCGUUUUACUGUGGAUAUAGAUACUUUUGUACCUGUUUCCUCCAGCAUCUUCACAAGGUCCUUUGCUGUUGUUCUGGGAUUGAUUUGCACUUUUCGCACCAAAGUACGUUCAUCUCUAGGUGACAGAAUGCGUCUCCUUCCUGAGCAGUAUGACGGCUGCGUGGUCCCAUGGGGUUUAUACUUGCGUACUAUUGUUUGUACAGAUGAACGUGGUACCUUCAGGGCGUUUGGAAAUUGCUCCCAAGGAUGAACCAGACUUGUGGAGGUCUCCAAUCUUUUUCUGAGGUCUUAGCUGAUUUCUUUUGAUUUUCCCAUGAUGUCAAGCAAAGAGGCACUGAGUUUGAAGGUAGGCCUUGAAAUACAUCCACAGGUACACCUCCAAUUGACUCAAAUGAUGUCAAUUAGCCUAUCAGAAGCUUCUAAAGCCAUGACAUCAUUUUCUGGAAUUUUCCAAGCUGUUUAAAGGCACAGUAAACUUAGUGUAUGUAAACUUCUGACCCACUGGAAUUGUGAUACAGUGAAUUAUAAGUGAAAUAAUCUGUCUGUAAACAAUUGUUGGAUAAAUUACUUGUGUCAUGCACAAAGUAGAUGUCCUAACCGACUUGCCAAAACUAUAGUUUGUUAACAAGAAAUUUGUGGAGUGGUUGAAAAACUAGUUUUAAUGACUCCAACCUAAGUGUAUGUAAACUUCCGACUUCAACUGUAGGUUUCUUAGCCCAUGUCACUCAAAUAUCACAUGAAUACACAUAAGACAUGGUAACAUGUAUAGAAUUGCAAGAAAAUUAGCUUUAAAACUGCAAAAAUGUAUUUGCACCCCAUGACAAAAUGUGUAGAAUUGCAGGAAAUAAGCGUUAAACAUACCAAAUUCUCUCCACCAACAAGAGGGGUGUCAACAAUUUGUGUCAUGAACAGUGCUUUUGCCCAUAGAGAUAGACGUGGCGCAUGCGCAGGAUGUUCCCCAAUGCUGGAAGGGGGGCCCCGAGUGAAAGAGUUUGGGAACCCCUGAGUAUGUGAUCAUGUCAAACUGUAUGCCAAUAAUAAACUCAUGACAAAGUACAUACACAUAUAUAUGCCAAAGACUUACAACCUGUCCACCUGUCACCGUCAUAAACUCCCAGAGAGGGAGGGCUGAGGCUAUUUGAGGACGAUGCUGUUUUAAGAAGUUUAAAUAAAUAAAAUGCCAUAAAUCCCUGAGUGUCCCUAAUUAGAGGUUCACAUGUCCUGUUCAGGGACACUGCCGGUGACAAAUUAAAUAACAACUCCUUACAUAGUUGGGCACAUUGGGAUCAUAUCUGUCUAAAACUAUUACAAGUUGGUGGAAAUGUACAACGUCUGCUUGAAGUUUACCUACAAGAUGGGACUUUUCGUUACCUCUAUGCUAUUUGGUGAAGUUAAUAGCUGGGAACUUGGGAUUUCUCCUUCACCUUGGUAAAUGUAAAAUCCUGUGGCUUGCCAGGCGUUUUUCCGGAUGUGCUCUGGUAGCAUGUUAGAAUAUGGAUGCUUGUCACUGGUGUACCACACACCCACUUCCCCCUGGAGGUCGCCCCCUCCUCCCCAGAAAGCAUAUUUAUCCUUGGCAAAAAUGUGUAGAAUAGCAUGAGAUUAGCUAUAAAACUGCACAUUUUUCUCUUUGCCCCAUGGCAAAAUGUGUAGAAUUGUAGUUAGCUGUUGUUGUUUUUUUUAAAUCUGAUGUCAUGAGUUCUCAAUUUAAAAGUUAUAUCUGGUCGUUCAACACUGGUAAAAAAAAAUCCCCUUUUACUUUUGCCAAUGCAUCAAAGUCCACCCUGUAAAAGACUAUCCUGUGAUCUUUUUUGUGUAUAUUAUGUUAGGUGCAGUUCCAUUUUAAGGUAAUCAUUUCAGAUGAAUUGUAACUCCUAUUCAAGAAUUGAAAAUAAGUUUUAUCGAGCUUUUAAAAAAUGGAAUCGAUUGAAUUGAAAUGGAAAUGACCACAACCGAGAUGUUAUAGAAACAGUAAUGGUGUUUCUACAGAUGUACCCACCCUAAAACAUGCUCUUUGACCCCUACAGAACUGAACCGGGGUGACACGGUUCAAGACAAACAGGUGAAGGAGGCCAGAACCAAGUGCCGCUCUAUUGCCUCCCUUCUGACAGACGCCCCCAACCCCCACUCCAAGGGCGUGCUGAUGUUCAAGAAGCGCCGGCAGCGCUCCAAGAAGUACACGCUGACCAGCUUCGGCAGCGUGGACGAGGACAUGCAGCAAGAUUCCCAGGAGGAAGAUGGUCUUUUCCCAGGAAGCGAGUCAGAGUUUGAUGAGGAUGGCUUCUCGGCCGCCCCUGACACCACCUGGGACAGUGACUACCUGGAUGCACUGGAGAAGAGGGCGACCGCAGGGGGAGAGCGAGGGGAUGGGGCAGAAGAUGCCCCCAGUCCCGGCCUGAGUGACAUCUCUGGGAAGGGCGCCCAGCUGUUUGAGCAGCAGAGGAAGAGGGCGGCAGAGCAUGCCAAGAAGGUGGCUGCCGCCCAGCCUCAGGUGACGCCCCAGCCUCAGAUAAAGACCCAACCACCGAACCAACCACAGAUCCAGGAGCAGCCUCAGCCAUAUGCACAGAGCCAGCCAGAGACACAACCACAGAUCUACCAACCUCAGCAACCUAUGGCACAACCACCCCCUGUAGCCUUCCAGGAGGAGGCUCGUCUGUGGCAGAGAGGCCUAUGGCACCGGCCCCAGCUGCUCCUACUGCCUACAGUAUGGCUAACGGAGACGUAGCCUACUCUGCAGUGAGUACAGCUAGCAUGGUGAUGUUACCCCCGACUGUGGCACCCAAACCAAUCACCGCCCAAGUGUCCAUCUUAACCACUCACAUACCUCCGCCCCAAACACCGCUGCCAGAACUCUCCUCCAGCUCUGUGCUCAACAGAACAGCCCGACCCUUCAACCCAGGGUUCGUGACUAACCGAGCCGCCACCGCUCCUGUUGUGUUCCGCCCCGUCGUCACCAAAAGGGCCCAGCGCCCAGCAACCUCUGUGUCUAUUGUAGGAUCUCCCUUCUCCACCACAUCAGAGCUGCCUCCAAGUGGUUAUCCUUCCUUCUUCUCUCCCCCGUCCUCUGUGUCCGGAGGACCAUUCUCCACCCCCUCCUCAGCACCGGCCACUCAUCCCCGUCCUGCCUUCUCUGUGGAGAGCCUGGCAGAACCACCCAUGCCCUCUGUUCCACAGGCAUCCUUUACAGCCAUACCUCCACCCCCAGCACAAUUCUCAGGUGGCCCCAUACCCCCACCUCCAGUCUCGUUUGCCUCCGUACCACCACCCCCAGUAUCAUUUGCCAACGUACCCUCAAUUCCACCCCCAUCGCCAUUCUCAGGUGCACCCAUACACCUAGCCCCAGUCUCAGUGGCCCAAACAUUCCCAGCUCCAGUGUCAUUUGACCCCAUACCCCAACCUCAAGUUUCUGUUGCCCACAUGCCCCAAGCUUCAGUCUCAGUUGUCCCACUCCCACCCCCCACAGCCCCUGCACCUGUACCCAGAUCCCCCAUGUCCAAGGUCCCACCUCUCCCUGGUGGUCGUACCGGUUACCUCCAGGAGGCUUGUCGGCGCAGCGGCAGGAGGCCCAUGUUCCGAGUCCCUGAUGAGAAGAAGAACUCUCCCAACCCUGACCUGCUGAACAUGGUGCAGAACCUGGAUGACAAGCCCCGCUACGGAAGCUACUCAGGGAGUAUGAUGGGCUUUGAGUCAGGCGCAGAGGAAGACCAGGGUGCUGAAGCCGGCCGGGGCAGGAUGCCUCCACCGGUGGCCCCCAAACCCAGGGUCAUCCACGAGGCCCCCCAGAUUCCCCAGGCGGAGGGGAAGGGGGCUCAGCUGUUUGCCCGCAGGCAGAGCCGCAUGGACCGGUAUGUGGUAGACACCCCACUGGAGACCGCCUACCAGCAGGAGGUCACCCAUCCAGGGGCCGAGUCCCAGGAUGCCCCCAACCCCAAUAUCAACUCACAGUGGAAGUUAUCCCCUAAUAUCCGCGCCCCCCCGCCCAUUGGUUACAACCCGUUGCUGGCCCCCUCCUGCCCUGUGGGGCCACAGAGAGAUACAGGCAGGUCUGACAGGAGGGGCUGGGGAAGCAGAGGGGGGAUAGCCUCUCAUAGGGAGGGAAUCAAAGCUCUGGAUUUCAUGAGAAGGCAGCCUUACCAGCUCAACUCAGCUAUGUUCGGGGGUAGUGUUGCCAACCUGUCGGCGAUGCCCUCCUACCAGGACCAGAGGCAGCAGCAGGGAGGGUAUACUACUAUGGUGGGCAGCACCAUGACUCCUCCCAGACAGAUCCCAGUAAAGGCGGCCCGUGUGUACGAGAUCAAACGCUUCUCCACACCCACGCCCAUGUCAGCCCCGUGCCUGGCCCCUAUCGUAAUCGCUCCUCGUUCAGCCACAACGCUGGGAGAGCGCCUGACCCGCUCCGACAUGAUCUCCCCAACCCCUGCUCCUCUCUCCCCACUCCCUGCCCCUGUCUCUGCCCCACAUCCCGUCCUUGCUCCUACCUAUUCAGGUGGCCUGCCCGGGCUGCCCAGAAUCAAUGCCACCCCUGUCCCCAACCCCAUCCCCAUCCCCCACCCAGCACCCUAUCCUGGAGUGUCCAACAGUGGGCUCCAAGGAGCCAAGCAGUUUCAGAGUGCCCCUGAUCUGAGUUUCCUUGCUAACCUCCCCCCUCCCCUCAGGGCGAAUGCCAUGCAGGCACCCAAACCCCGCUUCAUCGCCACCAAGGUGGGUGUCCAGCCGCGUGUGUGGAGACCAGGUGCCAUGUGAACGGGAGUGGGAGACCCUGUCUGAGAACUGGACACAUCCCAGCCCUAUAAAAAAAUACAUAUCUGCAAAACAACAAAUUAAUAAAGUGGUAAAAUACUGAUCAAUAAGCUUGUUCAGUGCCCAACAAAUACGUUUUCACAAAUGUAUUACGUAUCUUUGAUUGUAAUGAUUUGAAAGCCUCACUAAAUGAAUGUUUGAUUGGUGAAACUCAGAAAUGUGUUUCCAUUCAUUUGAUUCUUUUCAACCCUUUUGUUUGUGCAGUUGAGGUCAUUUGCUAUCAACGUCACUAAGUACUAUGAUCAACUUCAAAUCAUGGUCAUCCAUGUGAUUGCAGUCGUAGAUUAACUUGCUUGUCACACAUGCUGUUGCUGACCUGCGUUUGUCUGGUUUGUCUUUUAACUCAUUUGGCCCAGUCAUGUCACAAAUACACCUGUCCUGGAGGAGGUUUUUGUAAGGCUUGUCUUCCUACACAGUCAUCUAAAUACUGUUUAAAUAGCCAUGGGAGUGAGAGAGCCUGUACUGAAUUAUUAUUUGAAACUUGAAAUGUUGACAUGUAGGAUUUCUGAAAUGAAAUUAAGUGGUGGAUAUCAUUUUGCAUAGCAACCGACCGUUCACAAAAAAUUACCACAGGAGGAUCGCUGAGGCCAUGAGUCUUCUAUCUCUCUGAUGAGAGGACAGAGGAGGGAGAGGUGAGGCUAACACAGAGAGUGGUGAACACAGAGGGGUCCGAGCAGCGCUGAUUCAAUGUGAGCACCAUCAGACGAGUGCCAAGCACGAUGAUGCUUCACUCAGAAGAAACCACUGACAUGCUUCUCUCAUGAAAUUUGGGCUCUCCAACAGAGGUCAUUGCUAAUUUUUCAUUGGGCAAUGGCUAGGUUGAAUAUUUAAUGGACCUAGGGCUGGUGCUCCCUUCCAGUCUGCUGAAUCCGACCUCGGAAGAUCAGAGGAGGUAGAAGAUACUGUAUGUUAGACCUCUCUCCAUCCUGACUGUUUGUGUUGGUGGUACCAGAUCCCCGGCUCCCAGUGGUCAGUGGGAAAUGCCAUCUGUUUUGGCGGGGCUCGUAGUUAACAGGUGUUUUUCUAGCCAGUCACUGCCUAUUUGCGGAGCUGAUCAGACAGCCAACCGAACUGGAUGAGCACAGCAACCCAGCCCUUCCCAGACUAGUGUUCCCUUUCUGAAUGUCUGGUGUCCAUGUCACCACCCAUGUUGUAUUAAAACAAAUGACACUGAUGACAGAUGUUUCUUUCUUCUUUUUUGUGACUGAAUCUGAUUUGUUGUAUAGAGAAACAGGGAGGCACCGGCAACAGAAGUGUUAAAGACAUGAGAUGGGCUGUGGAUAUGGAAGCACCAAGGACAUACAGUCCCUGCCAAAGGAUUUAGAGGGGUGUCGGUUAUGAACUGAGGCAAGGUCCUCACUGGCAUGUUAGCCUCUUAUUUAGAGGAGGGGAGAUAUGUCACAGCGUGCCAUGAGAGAGAAACUUCAGUUUGGAUAUUUGUCAAGGAUUUCCCACAGCCUUUAGAAAGUAGACGAAAGUGACUAGGAAAGCCUGGUUCUGAGGCCUAGUGAGGGAGGAGGGUAGAGAGAGAGAAUAACAGACUCCACCGGUGCCUCUCUGAGACAUGGAGGUGAUCAGGUAGUGUAUAAAAUGGCAGAGAUGACACAUAAUGAACCCGAUCAUGAAUGAAACCAUAAACAUUCAUGUUCUUCUAACAAUGAAAACAGCUGAUGGUAAUUAACUGUAAAUAUAUACAGGCUUUUGGAUAUGGAUAUGACCCCCAUUCACUGACAGGGUUCAUGACUUACCUAUCUGACAAUGGUAACCCGUUGUAAUUUCAUGUUGUUUUUCUAAUUUGUUAAUCUAAUUGAACCUAACGUAGGCUAUCUGCAUUAAUGUCAUUAUGGGUUUUAAAGUAUGUGAUAUGUUGUGCAUAGUGGUCUCGGUGUGUAAAAAUACAAUAAUUGACUUGUCAUUUAUCCUGGAUAUAGCUAGAUAAAAGUGAGUGUGGAAAUGUCUUUUAAUGAAGCCGCAAUAAACGAGGGCAGUAAGAGCUUUUUACUGACUGAGAGAUGAGCUCAUUUUAGAGGAAUAAAAAUACUUAAACAUUUA